GGAUUUAUUUGUUGUGGAGGGUGCGGAGAAACUGGAAAAAUACAAGAAAACUGUGUUGGUAGAAAUUAAUUCCAUUAUGUCAGGGUUAAACUGUUUAAUAUGCCUCACAGACCCCAUUCCUGCUCUCAGCCGCCCACUUCCUAGAGCUGAAGAGGGGGUGUGUCGGGACAGUGUUGGUAUGCAGAGACCACCAAUGCAAUGUCCAGGGCUGUGAUUGACAACUCCAGGCCUGCCCCUCCACUCUGUUCUGGUCAUCCGCUCGUAUCCUGCCUCCAACACACAGAUCACAGUUGUGGUCACGUACAGCACCUCGGGAUGUCCAGAGGGGGCAGUGAAGACCUUAUCUUCGACCCCUCGACCCCUGACCCCUGACUUGGGGACACUACUGAGGGCAACGUGACCAUGGCCCUCUUCUGCUGUCUCCGCGCAUUCUUCACAAGGACAAGAGUUUUAUCCUUCCCAUGGACCCAGGCAUUUUCAGAACAUGAGGCGAAAGAAGCGUGUGAUUGGCUUCGAGCAGCUGGAUUUCCGCAAUAUGCACAUCUCUAUGAAGAUGGCCUGCUGCCCAUUGACAUUUCCUCUGUCAAAAAAGACCACGAUUUUCUGGACCAGGAUUCACUGAAAUCGCUUUGUAGGAGGCUGACAGCGCUGAACAAGUGUGCGUCCAUGAAGUUGGAAGUCCACUUUCAGCGGAAAGAGAGUGAGGAUUCGGAAGAGGAUGAUCUAUGUGCAAUCAGCGAUCGGUGGGCAUUCCAGCGGGACAGUAAAAGAUGGUCCCGAUUGGGUGCCCUCUCGUACCCCUCCCCUUCCCCCUCCCCGGGGGUAGAGCAUGCCCAGACCUCCGAGGGGGAGUGGGGCAGCAGGGAGAGCGUUCUGAGUGACCUCAGCGACCUGGGCGCGGCCUCGUCGCAUAGCAACAGCAGCCUGGGCAUGCAGAGCGCCCGCAUCACUUCCUCCAGCUCGACGGUCGCCUCCUCCUCGCACAGCGACCCGCCCCCCGCCGAAGCUCCGCCCCCUGGACGCGCCCGCCCCAAGAGGCGCACCAGGAGCUUCCUGCGCAGGAUCGAGUCCUUCCGCCACAAGGAGAGGGAGAGCGGGAGUGAGAGGGCGGCCGCCGAUGCUCAGGAUACGCCCCCUGCCACCGGCGCGGACACGCCCCCUCCCGCCAGUCUGGCCUGCACGGCUGGUGACAGGCUGCCCGGAGGCGGGGGGAGGAGCCGGUCGCCUUUCGCACGGCGGGCGCUGACCCUGGGGAGGGCCUCGACCGCGAACGCGAACGGGCCGAACGGCACGGGGCGUUGGGGGAGGGCCCAGAGCGGCGGGUUUUGUCUGGAGGAUUUCCAGGUUCCGCCGGGCUCCUCCGAUUCGCCGGAGCAGAGGGGGAGGGAUCGGCGGGCGAAAGUGGUGCACCUGCCCCCGGACCACAAGCCCGGUACCUUCCCCAGGUCCCUGUCUGUGGAGAGCUUGUGUCCCCCUAGCCCUGGCGAGGAACUGGAGGGGGCGUGGCGGGUGGGCGGAGCCUCGCUCGAUGAUGCGUGCGUCGGCGGGGCCGAGUCCGCUGAUUCGCCGGGGUUGACUGGCUGGAGACGGGGCUCCUGCGACUCGGAGGGGAGCGUUUACGACAACAUUCCGGAGCCCCCCCUGGGCGGGGCCCCCCAGGACAUCUCCCAGCACCUGGACGACAUCCUGCAGCGUGUCCAGGGGAUCCAGCACAGCCUCCACAUGUGGUCCCGCAAGAUCUGCCCCGAGAUGGAGGACGAGGAGGAGGGGGAAGACGAGGAAGAGGAGGGCAGCCUCAUCUCGGGCGGGACGGUGGAGACGGUCUGCACCCCGAGCUUGCGUUUCGAGGAGCACUCCAUAUCGGACGUGGGCACGGCGGCCAGCGACGUGGACAGCACAGGAAACUCGCUGAACGAGGGCGAGGAGCAUGAGGACAUGAGGGAGCGGCGGGAUUCAGGAGUGGGAGCCUCUCUGACCAGGCCCAACAGGAAGCUGCGCUGGCACAGCUUCCAGAACUCGCACAGGCCCAGCCUGACGUCCGCGUCUCUGGAGAUCAACCGGCAGGCGGCUGCGCAGCUCAACCUGCUGCAGAAGUUCUCCCUGCUCAGGCUCACCGCCACCAUGGAGCGCUACUCCGUCCCCAGCAAGCAAGGCUGGAGCUGGACCGUGCCGAAGUUCAUGAAGAGGAGCAAAGCCCCGGAUUACAGAGAUAAGAACGUGUUUGGGGUGCCCCCGCUGGUGAACGUGCAGCGGAGCGGGCAGCCCCUCCCCCAGAGCAUCCAGCAGGCCAUGCGCUACCUCCGCAGCCGGUGCCGCGACCAGGUCGGAAUAUUCCGGAAGUCGGGGGUGAAGUCCCGGAUCCAGGCGCUGAGAAGACUGAACGAGGCUUCCCGAUAGCAGUACUGGGACUUCGAGCCUGUCCCGCGCUCACAGAACGUUCUGCAAAUUUACCAAUGGGUUCCUAAGGAGCAGCAGCUGCAGGCCGCCCAGGCUGCGGUCAUCCUGCUGCCGGACGAGAGCAGGGAGGUGCUGCAGACCCUGCUGUACUUCCUGAGUGACAUCGCCUCCGCCCUGGGCAACCAGAUGACUGCGGGGAACCUGGCUGUGUGCCUGGCGCCCUCCAUCUUCCACCUCAACGUCUCCAAGAAGGAGGGCAGCUCACCCAGACUGAUUCACGGGAGGAACACGACCAACAAACCGGAUCACAGAGAUCUGAAUGAGAACAUGGCCGCCACGCACGGGCUCGGUCACAUGAUUGCGGAGUGCAAGAAACUUUUUCAGAUCCCCCCCGACAUGAUGCUGCAGUCCCGGAACUCGUACCUGGCGGCGGACACCCACCCCCUCCCCCUCCACGGGCUGGGCAUCAACCUGAAGGGCGAGCCGGUGGAUUACCGGGCCUUCCUGGAGGACAGCAUCCAGUGCCUCCUGCGGGAGAUGGCGGAGAAGAGCCGCGGUUGGCACAGCGCCACCGCGCCCAGCAACACUGAGCUGGCGUACAAGAAGGUGGGAGACAGGCCGCCCAUUCGCCUGUGGAGGUCCUCGACUGAGAUCGAGGCCGCCCCCACCGCCGUGCUGCACAGAGUUCUGCGUGAGCGCCACCUGUGGGACGACGACCUGCUGCACAGCCGAGUGAUCGAGGCCCUGGAGAGCAACACGGAGGUCUUCCACUACGUGACGGACAGCAUGGCGCCCCACCCCCGCAGGGACUUUGUGGUUCUGAGGAGGUGGCGCAGUGACCUCCCACGGGGGGCGUGUCUGCUGGUGUCCUCGUCCGUGGACCACGAUGCAGCGCGGCUGGAGGCGGGGCUUCAGGCGCUGCUGCUCACGUCCCGCUGGCUGAUCGAGCCCGUCGGGCCUGGCCGGUCCCGUCUCACCCACUACUGUCGGGCUGACCUGAGGGGUCGUUCUCCCGAGUGGUAUAAUAAGGUCUUCGGACAUCUCUGCGCGGUGGAGGUUGCUAGGAUACGGGAUUCCUUCCCGGUUUUCGUCCGGGGGCAUGAGGCGAGGCUGUAGAGCUCUUGUCAUUCACCCGGGGCUUUUUCUCACGCAAUCAUAUGCCCCGUGUGCCGUCCUCACCAUAGAGGUGUGGGGCCCCAUGGGUGGGAAUGAGACAGUGUCCUCACUGUCUCAAUGGUCAGAUAUAGCCAGUGGCCCCACGACCAAGUGAAAAGAACAUCACAAAAUGUUUGAUUUCAUCUUCGAUGAAAGAACAUCGAAGAACUUUAAUGAGGAUUUUUGGCAUUGUGUCUGCCAGGUUUGCCAGGACUCUUGGACCGAACGUCUGCGGGUAUAUGAAGUAAAGAGUGGAGAGUUGAAAAAGCAUGUGAUGGAAGGAUGGGAAAAAAGAGGAAAAUAUGCAUAGAAGGCUGAGGAUAUGAAUGUGAAAAGAAGUGGUUUUAAUGUGUUGGUCCUAAAAUGGAGGAUGACUGAGGGACUUUGCUGUGUGAGGGGGAUCGUGGGAAAGCCUGGUGGAGCACAGGGAGACAGGGCUGUGUGCUAUUGCGAGAUCCGAAAACAGACCGAUCUGGAGCCUGUGUUUCUGAUGCACUCCAGAGUAAGCGUGUGGAUUGAGUAUCAGUUUUUUUCUUUUUAGCUCUUAAUGGAUACAGUUAGGAUAUGGACAGGUUUUGUCCGGGUCCGUAUUUAUACGGUAUCUCAUAGUUGGGUUGUUCUAGGAUUGUUUUUGCCUUUUAGCUCAUGGUGGAUAAGAAUACAGACAGGGGAGACCAGAUAUUAGAUCAGCACUCCUGGGGCCUAAUUAUAAAAAUAUUCUUGAACUUAAACUUAAUCUUAAGGUCAUUUCCCAAGUUGUGCUUACGCUUCAUUUAUAAAAAUUAAGACCAAGGCAAGUUGCUUUCAUUUAAAUGCAUAUUAUGCAGGAUUUUUAAAGUCUGUGUUUACAAUCAAAGAAGUCAAAUCUUCAACCCCGCCCACUCACCCCUGAGCACCAAACCGAGUCUCAGACAUUCAAAUUCAUUAGACACUAUUGGUACAUUUCUCAGACCAGACCAGACAUUAGGCUACAUUGUCUGGUUGGGACCACAAACCAGGCAUGCACAAAUAAUUUGAAAAUAAUUAAUGUUCUGGUCAAAAACUGGACAUCUGGGAACCAUAGCUGCAUAGUGUAACAUAAACGUUACUUGCAUGUCCAACAGAAAACAGGCCAACUCCACAUUGCUUUUCAUCCCCUUGGCAAACUUCAGCUGAGGCCACUGAGGAAAAACAAUUCCAACGUUACAGUAACUCUAGUUGUUGAAUGAGCCCUGUCGCCUUGUCUUUUUCUUUGCUGUAUCUGGCCCAUUAUAGUGGCUAGCUAGCUAUAGCAACAAACACUCCUUUGAAUCUGAUCCCAAACUACAGUCUCUGUAGUCACACACACCCCUCCACACACAGAAAAGAGCACCACAUCCAGAGACAUCCCAAACACAUUUUAGAAUAAGAAAUACAGGUAAAGGUGCACAAAUUCAGCAAAGGUUCAUAGAGACAACGAUUGCCCGUCUAUCGUAGAUGCCUUAGCAGGGUCAUUUUUAUAAAAUAUAAAAGUUGAAAAUCUUCCAUAGCAUGCCUUUAAACUGUCAUAUCUGUGUCUCAUGCACCUGUAUUAAAUCUCAAAUGAACUUAAAUUUGAACAUGCUUUACAUUUACAUUUACCGAGCCAGUUACAACCAUUUUCCUCUAAAUGAGGUUGCAUUUCAACAUUUCUUGCGUUCAUCAUGGCUAAAAUUGAUUACCAAUUAAGAUUAGCAGGCAGCCCUGAAAUUUGCAGCACCUCCACAAAACCAGCUGGUGCUUAACGUAUGUCUGGUAUAAAAUGUAUGUAGAGAUACAGUAUGAUCAUAUCCACAUUACAGUGGAAUUUCAUAACUAACCAAUUAGUCAUCGUUUUCUGCAAUAACCACUAUCUAAGAUACAAUGUAGAUUGUGAGACCAUUUUAUGACAGACAAUGGUAAGACCAUUUAAUAAUGAGGCGCCUGUUGGGUCUUUAUGAAUCCGGACCCUGGAGCACUAGGAAAACGUGCUGUGCUAUCUUUUAGGCUGUUCUUCUCUACAGCUACUAAUAAGAUAAAUAACAUGUUGUGCAUCAUUUUUAAAUAUAAAGUGGCCACCGCUGCUGUGUAAAAAUGCGUGCCAUUAAUAAAAAAUAUUUAAAUUCACAGGAAGAAAAACAUAAAAAAGAAAAAAAUACUAAUGGAUUGUCUCUUUGCACGUAUGAUAUAUUGUUAAGGAUAAGACUUGAAAGAGGGUUCCUUAUGGUAAUACAGUCCCUCAGAAGCAAUUCCUUAGUGUAAAAGGGAACUGCAUUUUAUGUCUUAGUUUUGCAAACAAAAUUAAUGUUUUCAGAUGUUUCCUAUCAUCUUUCUUUUAUUAUAUGGGAUCAUAUCUCCCUCAGCUGGCUAAUGAUGUCAGUUUGGGAAUGCAGUCUCAUGAAUUAAAUCUGGUUGUACACUGCAUUUUACAUUGCGGUGUAAACGAUGAUAUUUCCAUUACUUGAAUUGCACAUUUGUACUAUAAACUCUUACAAGAAUCAGGGUUUAAGAUGGUGCAUCCUAGUCCUGUUCAUAUCUAAACUGCCAUCUUGAUUUUCAUAAAUAGGAUGAAAAAUGGCAGCAGGCAUCAAAGGUGACCUCUUUAAAGUAGCCAGACUUUUUUCUACCUAUGCUGCCUACAGUACAUGCCUUUCAUGGUCAACUGCACUGCCAACACACACAAAAAAAGAAAUAUAUAUCUUGCCACUGCAAACGAGAUGUGUCUUGUGUUUAGCAGAGAUGCCUUUUUGCAAGCGUCACUAGCCCCAGGCAUUUCUGCUGAACCCUGACUGAAGGAUGGGUAGGAUGACAAACAGUCUGAGGUUACCCAUCAGCAGGUGCCAGUGAUGGCACUGCAGAGUAGUGGAAUGGACACAUUUUAGUUUUCAGUUUGUUUGACUUUGAGUGAUGUAUGAGUUGUAACUGAUAUGUUAUAUUAAGUAUUUUAUUUAUUUAUUUCCUGUUAACUUUAUGUCAUGCAGUGAAGGAGGCUGCUAUGAUAUGUGAUGGUUGAAAUUUUUAACUAUAUAUAUAUAUAUAUAUAUAUAUAUAUACACACAGGAUUUUGUGUUUCUUACCAAAAAAAUACUCAAUAAAGAAAUUAUUUACCAAUUUAGUUAUUCACUGAGGAAUUAACCAGAUAUUCUGGCUUGAUGUUGCAAGCAUUGACUGAAUAUUUUAGCAAUUCAACUGGAAAGUUCAUCAUGCUAUAUUAGCUUCAUCCAGUAAACAUUCAUCUUCGCCAGGAAUUUGGUUUAUCGUAAUGUGCCGUGGUCUCUACAUUGUAUAGAAAAUGUAGCCUAUACCCCAGAUGAUUUAUAGUAUGGUGAAUGGUAUGAAUAUAAUAAGGCUACUAAAGGUCACAUCCUCUGAUACUUUUGUCUUUCUUUUGUUAUUCUACAAGUGACACCCUACCUGGGUAUUUUAGAUUUAAUCUUUUCAGCAAUUUUAGUGCCAGCAUUAUCUUCAAACCUUUAAACUGACAAGAUUAAGCAAUCCGACAGGCACUAACUAGGAAAAAAAUAUAUAUACAAUUUGGAGGCAUUUUAGCCUUGUAUGAUUAUUUAUUAACAUGAUAAUUGGAUGAUUUAUCAAAACAUUUGUAACAUUAUCAGAUUUACUGCAUCUUGCACAAUUGAUUUUAAUAUUUUUUAAUAUUAUUAUUUAAACAAUGUAUUUUGUGUCCCCUGUACUAAAUGAGCUUUUGAAUUAUAUAACUGUAUGAAUUAUAUUGAGGUGGAACUAUACGGAUAACACAAAAAAUAAAACAUUAAAACCUA